CUUGGCCGACCCCCUUUGUCUCCGCAGGAUGAUUCCUGCGCAAUUACCGCUGAUCAUUGCCUUGGGAGCCUUUAGAGUUCCCUUACGACAUUCCUCGACACCACCAACUGGCGCAGUCAAGCGAUGGCGAGUCUAGAUCAGCAUGGAUCGCCGAGUCUAAAGUACAGCCCGUUUGUUGUUUGGGACCCCACAGUUUUGGUGCGAUGGCGUAUGCCCCUUGAUCAGAAGGAGCUUUUUCUCUGGCCCUGUUUACUUUGUAUCCUGACAUCUUCGGUGUUCUCAAAUGAAGUGUUUCCUUUACAAACAUGCGACCUUACGUUCCUUGAUGCUGUCUUUUUUGCCGUGACAUUUUGAGCUGCGUUGGCUCAUCCCUUCCUUUGACUCCACUCUUUGAUUUGGAGCUAGUCUUAUAAUUGAAGAUACCCCACUUGUGCACCAUGCUUUGCAUUCGCAAGAGCUGUGUGCUCCCGACCCUCGUUCUCAUUUUCCUUGUAUACACCUUCUUAUCGUUCCAACCACCUGACGCGGAAACCUCCGCAGACGUUGAAACAGACGACUCCGGCUCUCUUGAUACGUAUGAAGAGCCCGCAGCUCACGCCCGUCCCGACAACCGGAUCCGCUGGACAAAGCAUGCAGAGCAAUAUCCAGUCACAUCGUACAUUCCUAUGCCCACAGAGGCCCCGUCGCCCAUCCCGCGCAUUCAGCAUGACUUCAAGACGGAGUCCUGGUGGGCGCGCAGGAAGCGAGUGAAGCGUCAGGAGGCCGUCAAGGAUGCCUUCAAGCACGCGUGGAAAGGAUACAAAAAAAAUGCGUGGCUGAAAGACGAGGUGUCGCCGCUGAGUGGCCUUUAUCGGACCUCUUUUGCGGGGUGGGCGGCCACAUUGGUUGAUGCGCUUGAUUCGCUAGUCAUCAUGGGCUUGACUGAUGAGCUGGAAGAUGCGCUGGAAGGCCUCGAGCGGGUUGACUUUACGGUGACCGAUGCUGGGGAUAUCAAUGUGUUCGAGACCACUAUCCGAUACCUGGGGGGCCUCCUAUCUGCGCACGAUCUGACCCAAGGAAAGCACCCGAUAUUGCUGAAGAAGGCAACAGAAAUCGCCGAGGUCCUAUACAGCGCCUUCGACACGCGCAACCGCAUGCCGCAGGCCCGGUGGGACUGGACUCGAUCCGCCGAGGGACGCGGCAUUGUACCCAGUCGGUAUACCGUGCUGGCCGAACUGGGUUCCCUCAAUAUGGAAUUCACCCGCAUGACGCAGCUUACCAACGACCCAAAGUACUUUGACGCCACGCAGAGAAUCACCGAUAAUCUGGAAAAAGGACAAAAAGAAACCGUCAUUCCUGGCCUGUGGCCGAUCAUGGUCGACGCCCAAGACCUUGUGUAUAAAGAUCCCCGGUAUAGCGUUGGUGCGAUGGGCGACUCCACAUACGAGUAUCUUCCCAAGGAGCACAUGCUCCUUGGGGGGCGCACCGACCAAUACCGCAAUAUGUACGACGCCGCCAUGACGACGAUCAACGACCGUCUCCUGUUCCGGCCCAUGACGAAAGACGGAACGAACGUGCUGUUCCCCGGCGACAUACGCGCGUCGUAUACCCCAGGCCGGGAAGCCCUCGUGCCCCAAGCAGAGCACUUAAAGUGCUACAUUGGCGGAAUGGUGGGCAUCGGCGCAAAGGUGUUCAACCGCCCUGACGAACUGGACAUUGCCCGGAAACUCACCGACGGGUGCAUCUGGGCAUACGACAGCAUGCCCACGGGAAUCAUGCCCGAGAAUCUAUACCUGAGCGUCUGCGAAAGCCGCGACCACUGCCCCUGGAACGAGCAGAAAUGGUACGACGACAUCAACCGCCAGCUAGGCGUGACAUCGGACGAUCCUCACGCAGAGGCGCGCAAGGACAUCCUCAAGCGGGGUCUGCCACCAGGGUGGACCAACAUCGGCGACAGCGAAUACAAGCUAAGACCCGAGGCCAUCGAAUCCGUAUUCAUCAUGUACCGGAUCACAGGCGAUCCAGCACUGCAAGACGCGGCAUGGCGCAUGUUCAAGAACAUCGACAAGAUGUGCCGAACCCAGUACGGCCACGCGGUGCUUGAUGACGUGCGAAACGUGCACUCAGACCAGCAAGACUACAUGGAAAGUUUCUGGCUGGCGGAGACGCUCAAAUACUUCUAUCUGAUAUUUUCGGAGCCGGACACAGUCAGCUUGGAUGAAUAUGUCUUCAACACCGAAGCGCAUCCUUUCAAGCGACCGACUGUCUAGCUAGUAUUGCAGUGCCUUGGUGUAGGCGCUUGCCGUCUUGUACUGUAAAUGUAACAUUAAUGAACAUACCUAAUAUCAUAGAACAAGCUUAU